AUGAAGGACGAGAAUGGAAAGCGCAAGGCCACCGACGAUCCGUGGUCACCCUUGGCCACGAAGCGCAUGAGGCACAACGAGUCCACAGAGCCCGAGAAAAAUACACCCAGAAUACCAGCUAUCCCUUUUCCCGAGAAGCCGGCCGUUAUCGAGGAGCGCAAUGGUGAAAUAGAAUUCCGCGUUGUGAACAAUGACGACGAGCGGGAGAGUCUGAUCAUCCUUACGGGGCUCAAGUGCAUCUUCCAGAAGCAGCUUCCCAAGAUGCCCAAAGACUACAUCGCGCGCCUAGUCUACGACCGCACCCACUUGUCGAUCGCCAUCGUGAAGAAACCGCUCGAAGUGGUGGGCGGCAUCACGUACCGCCCCUUCAAGGGCCGCCAGUUCGCCGAGAUUGUCUUUUGCGCCAUCUCGUCGGACCAGCAGGUCAAGGGCUACGGCGCCCAUCUCAUGUCGCAUCUCAAGGACUACGUCAAGGCAACGUCGGACGUGAUGCACUUCCUGACGUACGCCGACAACUACGCCAUCGGCUACUUUAAGAAACAGGGCUUUACUAAGGAGAUCACGCUCGACAAGUCGGUAUGGAUGGGUUAUAUCAAGGACUACGAGGGGGGGACCAUAAUGCAGUGUACCAUGCUCCCGCGGAUCCGGUACCUCGAGAUGGGGCGCAUGCUGCUGAAGCAGAAGGAGUGCGUGCAGGCAAAGAUUCGUGCAUUUAGUAAAUCGCACAUCAUCCACCUGCCGCCCAAGCAAUGGCAGCAGCAGAAGGGCGGCGCCGCCACGCCCAUCGACCACCUCUCUAUCGAGCCCAUCCGCGCCUCGGGCUGGAGCCCCGACAUGGACGAGCUGGCGCGCCAGCCUCGCCACGGCCCCAACUACAACCAGCUGCUGCACCUGCUCAACGACCUGCAAAACCACCCGAGCAGCUGGCCGUUCCUGAUGCCCGUCAACAAGGACGAGGUGGCCGACUACUACGACGUCAUCAAGGAGCCCAUGGACCUCAGCACUAUGGAGAGCAAGCUCGAGGCCGACCAGUACGCAACGCCCGAGGACUUUAUCCGAGACGCCCGCCUCAUCGUCGAGAACUGCCGCAAGUACAACAACGAGAGCACCGCCUACGCAAAGUGCGCCACCAAGCUCGAGAAGUUCAUGUGGCAGCAGGUCAAGGCCAUCCCCGAGUGGUCCCAUCUCGAGCCCUAG